AUGCCUGACGCCGAUGGACCUCCUCCACAUGGCGCACCACCAGCCAGUGCGGCGCCUCCGGGUGCUCGUCCCCCUCUGUCCGUUCCCCACGGCCGGCGGUCUGGUUCCUCCGGUUGCCGCCGUCGCCGCCACGUGGGGUCCGAGUAUCCGGCAGCCGGCGGGCACCGCCUACUCCGGAUUCGUAUCCGCGGCCAUAUUACGCCGCCCCGCCGUUAUGCGCGCAGGGCUACCAGCCCCCGUAAGCAUAGUACCACCGUUUAUGGGUCUGGGUCUUCUGAGAGCAUCAACACGGCACGGCCUGGCUGCCCAGACAAGUGUGGUAACGUCAGCAUCCCGUACCCGUUCGGCACUGGAAAGGGCUGCUUCCAAGAACCCUUUAAUGUUACAUGCCAUGAGAACAGGGCAUAUCUGGCCUCAACCGGAGUUAGGGUACUAGACAUCAAUCUUAACUUUGGUGAGGUUCGUGUUCAGAACCCAAAGAUAGCAUCACAAUGCAAUUACACCAACGGUACUAAUAGCACCAGUUUUGUUGGCUUAAGUCUUGAUCCUUUUCAUAAGGUUUCCAACACCAAGAACCAGUUGAUAUCGAUCGGGUGUAGUAUGCUUGGAAUGAUCCUAGGAGUGACCAAGGGCAAGAACCAGCUUGAGUUGCCCAUUGUCAACUCAUGCUUUUCAUUCUGCACUGACGCAAGUAACGUCGAUGAUAGCACAGAGUGUGCUGGCAUGGGUUGCUGCCAGACCCCCUUUCCAGGAAACAUCAGCUCCUUCAACACCUCAUGUACACCAAUACCACCUAUAUACAAUGCUAGCAUCCAGUCUUUUAGCCCAUGCAGCUACUCAUUCAUCGCUGAGGUGAACUCGUUCAAGUUUGAUCGUUCAUAUGUCAGCUCUACAAAUUUCAGAAGUAAAUAUACUGAGGGGUUUCCUUUGGUACUUGAUUGGGUUGUUGGCAAUGGAAGUUGUUCGGAAGCCACCAAGAUGGGGUCACAGUAUGCCUGUCAAGCCAUGAACAGCCAAUGCAUUAAUGUGUCCAAUGGCCCUGGUUACCGCUGCAACUGCUCUCAAGGUUAUGUGGGCAGUCCUUACCUACAAGGAGGGUGCCGAGACAUCAAUGAGUGUGAACCUCCAAACCAGUCUUUGUAUCCUUGCAAAGGUAAUUGUAGAAACACCGAUGGGAGCUACACCUGUUCAUGCCCAUCAGGAUUCAGGAGUGAUGAUCCACAGAGCAUACCCUGCGUAAGAGCUGACCCAAAUAAAGCUCUGAAGGUGGCCUUAGGCACAUCCGCUGGUGUCGUCUUCCUCAUGGUUUGCAUGUUUGCUCUACGGGCUGAAUAUCAGAAAAGGAAGCUGGCAAAAGAGAAGGAAAGAUUCUUCGAUCAGAAUGGUGGUCAGAUACUGUACCAUCAAAUUAUGUCAAAACAAGUCGAUACAUUGAAGAUAUUCACGCAGGAUGAUCUGAAGAAGGCUACAAACGAUUUUGACAAGAGCAGAGAAGUGGGCAAGGGGGGUCACGGCACUGUCUACAAGGGCAUUCUUAAGGAUAACAAGGAAGUAGCCGUGAAACGCUCAAAGAUCAUGAACGUGGCCGAAACUGACGAGUUUGUGCAGGAGAUUAUUAUACUUUCACAAACCAACCACCGAAAUGUGGUCAGGCUUUUAGGGUGCUGCUUAGAGGUGGAAGUUCCGAUGCUGGUCUAUGAAUUCAUCCCGAAUGGCACUCUCUUUCAUUUUAUCCAUCGUAACUACGGAAGUCGACCUCCCUCACUGGACACCCGUCUUAGGGUCGCUGAAGAAUCUGCUGAAGCACUGGCGUAUCUGCAUCUGUCCACGAACCGCCCUAUAGUACACGGAGAUGUUAAGUCUAUGAACAUUCUCUUGGACGAGAACUACAUGGCGAAAGUGACCGACUUUGGGGCGUCAAGGAUGCUCCCCAAGGAUGAGGUUCAGUUCAUGACAUUGGUGCAGGGCACCAUGGGUUACCUGGACCCUGAGUACCUGCAGGAGCGGAAGCUAACAGAGAAGAGCGACGUUUACAGCUUUGGCGUUGUGCUGCUGGAACUGAUCACGGGGAAAACAGCCAUCUACCACGACGGCUCCAUGGAAGCCAAGAACCUCGCGUCGUCCUUCCUGCUCGCAAUGAAGGAUGGGAGCCUUGAUGGCAUCCUGGAUGCGAGCAUAGUAAGCACAGGGAUGGAGAUGCUGCUGGUAGAAGUUGCCGAGAUGGCAAGUAUGUGCUUGAGCACCAGGGGGAAAGAGAGACCUUCCAUGACCCAGGUGGCCGACAAGCUAAAGGCUCUGCGAAGCACCUGGAGGGAGAAGCUGGUGCUCGAGCAUGGCAAAUCAGAGUGUCUGAUCAUUGGCUCCUCGCCCACACCUUUAAUGCUUCGUGUUCCUCCGCAGUCGAGCAUGUUCUCGACUGGGGCCCAGAUAUCUGAAGUAGGUAUAGAGACACCUAGAUGA